UUUUUCCCUCAAUCUGCACCCUCAUUAAUCGACACAUUUCUAACAACCGUCCCUUAUCUAUAUCUUCUUCCGCAGACGAAAAAGCACAGCCCGGGUCACAUAAAACGCCCGAUGAACCCGUUCAUGGUGUGGAGCCAGAUCGAGCGGCGCAAGAUCUGCGAAGUCACCCCAGACAUGCACAAUGCCGUCAUCAGCAAAAAUCUGGGCGCCCGCUGGAAGGCCCUCAGCGAAGCCGAACGGCAGCCCUUCAUCGACGAAGCGGAACGGCUACGGCAGCUGCACACCAAGGAGUACCCGAACUACAAAUACCGUCCAAAGAAGAAGCAGGUCAAGGGUUCGAGCAAGAGUAGCAGCGGCAACAGUACCGGAUCAUCUUCAGCUUCGUCCUCGCCGGUAUCGUCCACCUCGUCGCGGGAUAGCUGUGCCAGCUCGACCUCGUCUUCGUCAUCGUCGUCGUCGUCAUCGUCCUCCUCAUCAUCGUCCUCGUCGUCCGGAAAGCCACGGCCAAACCGGCGCAGCAAUGGCAAAGUCAACAAAAACGACAACAACAACAACACCAGCAGUAAUCUGAAGUCGAAAAAGGCACUGCUCAGGGCGGAAAUUAAGGACACCAACGGAAACUUUGAGGAACAGUUCAUGAGUCCUUUGGUACCGGCGAUGAAACCCAGCUCUCCGGAAGGCGCGGCGUAUUUCGAGGAUAGUUCGUUGAUUUCUCCGGAAUCGACGUUCACGAGUGGUAUCAAUUUGGUGUUUGAUGGUAAUUUGGAUGACUUUUCGCCGGAUGAAUGCAGUAGGGGCUUUGUGUUUGGUGAACAUGAGGAGGACAACAAGAGGAUGAUUUUGAACAACAAUCAGUACACGAACGGUUUGGUGGACACGAUGGACCAGAACGGAACCAGCCAGAUGAAUGUGGACAUUAAGAGUGAAUCGUGCUUCGAGGAGGAAUGCGAGCGGUUUUCCAUGGAUGAUCCUUAUCUGAACGAAGCCGUUUCAAAGAGGGACGACAAUCCGUACUGUGGAAGCCAUGGUGAUCAGUAUACCCGUGCCAGCCCAGUGAGCGUGAAUUCGUUGAACGAUGUAGCAUACAAUGGCAUGUUUACGACGGUCAGCAUAGCAAACGGAAACCCCACCCUAGCGAGCUUUAGCGAACUGUCGAGUACGGUUUCGCCCCAUCUGUUACUAUCCUCCGCCAUCAACAUCCACCAGCUGAACUCGCUCAAUUCGGUUAGUCAGCUAACCGACAACCACCAACUGCAGCAAUCCAGCCCGCUCAAUAGCAUUUCGUCCAACUGCCAAUCUGCGUCCAUGCAGGAAACCCUGAUAGCGAGUAGCUGUCCAAACUCCCACAUCAACAGCAUCACCACGACGUCCAACUGCAACGGUAUGGUCCUGAGUGACUGCACCACGAACGGUCUCAUCAGCAGUUCAGCGAUUGCCCUGAGCCAGCAGGCGCACAUCAGCAACCAGCAGCUGGUCCAGAUGGACCUGAUCAACAUGGUCCCGGAGGAUCUGAACGACAUCCGGAUCGACGGACUGGAGACGGCUUCGUCGUCGAGCGGAUCGCAUCUGGAGUUCACCUACCCGACCGACGAUUCCCGGCUGUUCGACCUCACCAUGCCGUACGACCUGAACUAGGCUGGACUUGGUUCUACUGUAUAGGUUUGGAGCCCUGCUGGGAGGUGCUUGGAGUUACCCAGCGCAGGGAAGAUUGGAAGAGAGGAAAGGUACAUCGAUUUGAGAAAACCAAAAAAAUAAGUGCUUUAUUGUGAGAGAGAGCGAGAGAGAGAGACAGAUUAAUCGAGAGUCAGAGUGGUAGCGAGCGGAUGUUUGUUUUAAUAUUAUAGGAGAGUAAGUUUUAAAGUGGGAGACAAAUCGAAAAAAAAGUAAAUUAAAAAGUGUUGUGAUGAGGGCGAAAUUGAAAAGUUUUUAUUUCAGGUGGGAGCUGGACGAAGGAUGGUUGAAAGCAAACACAAAUGCGGUUUUUAAUUAAUUGAGAAGUUAGGUGUGGUGAUAAAAAACAAUCUGGAACAUCGCGCGAAAAUAGAACGAUAUGAAGGAGCUCUGGAGGAACAACAAAAACUACCGUACGGUCCCUAAUACCAACCGCUUGCUUGCAAAUCCAGUUUUGGAUUUGAAGUUUAGAAAUGGUUACUCUUCAAAUUAUUGAAUCACAUUAUGAGUGCCAAUUUUCAACUGAAAUUGGUUGAACUUCUGAUGAACGAGACACUCAUGACAGAAUCCGGAAAAAAAUGCACGGAAAAAGUUUUUUCAAGUUGUCAUUUCCCAGCUUUUAAUUGAUGACUGCAAUGGUUUCGCCCUCGCCGCCGUCACCGACUUUGGGAAAAAGUUUGCCAUCCUUUUUUUCGGUCAAUAGAAAAGACCCAUCAAGAGAAAAAGCGAGUAGAGCGAGUGGUGGGCCAAAAGAAGGAAAUGUUUUGUGGCAUUUUCCAUUAAGUCAUUACACUAAUAGCUUGCCUCUCCUUCGCACCACCAGCACGCAGAGCUGGUACUGUAAGGAAAAGUUUGAGAAAAGCAAUUGGAAUGCGGAAGACCGCUUCACAAGUCAUCUCGAAUUCGACAUGGGGUGGAAAUUAUUUUGCAUUCCUAUCCCCCGGGAGAAAAAAUGCCAGCCUAGCCUGGCAUACCCUGAUGGAGGGAAGAGUGAUUGCUUGGACAAGACAAACAUCAAACCGGGCAGAGAUGUGAAGCACCCGAAACUUUUGCACGGAAAUUGAUCAACUGUUAUAUUAAAAUUUUCUUCAGAGUGGUGCGCGAGCCUGGGCGAGGGAUGUUGUUUUUCGGUACGCGUCAGGCCACCCCCCUACUUGGAACCGUCGAGUUGGUGGACGGUGAUUGAAAGACGAUGAACCGAACGGAUCGCAUCUGCUGCCAAUAAACUAAAUUCAAUGGCACGGAAAAGUCCCAUCGUCGUUUUCCGAAGAAGCAGCGAAAAUAUAAAAUCCAGUUUGGCUAUAGCCAUGGAGAAGAAAAUGGGAACUGUUCGGGGAAAAAACAGAUCGAAGCGGAUUGAAUGAUGAAAAGAACGAAUUAUGAUUAUUGAAUGAUUUUCUGUUUUGCCCUGCAUUUCGCGUUUUCGCGUUGAUCCGGUUGUCGGAGAGUCGGAAAGGAAAUGCUUGAUUUAUGUUUCGCUGCAUAAAUCAUGAAUCAUAAUCCUAUUAUACAGCUGGGGAAGUUUAAACCUCACUUCGGUUGAAGACGAAGACGUUCGAGUUUGGGAUUUUGGCGGUACUUUGAAGAGCUACUACUCUUUGGGUGAUGAAGACUUCACAGGAAAGGAGCCAGCUUUAAUGGUACUCUUACAGUUGUCCUGCUUUGACAAGUUACGUUGAGAGGUGAAAGUCUUGCCAUUGUGUGACAAACUCUCCUCAGCUGAUGCCAAUCACAGCAUCAUGGUCAAAAUCAAUGUAGAUUUUGCUUCAUACAAUAGUUGAAAGCUUCUUAAAAACAUUUACCAUGUACGUUAUCGUCCAAACUUAUUAAUUUUCAUCUUUUGUUUUGAUGGUAACUGCAUUUGUAAUCUUCAAAAUUUAUGAUAGCCUGGGACACUUGAGAAGUGAAUGAAUCUUUCAUUUAUCACUGAAGCUUCACCUUAACAUAAAUGGUGACUUUUACUGUUAUGGUUUACACGUUCGAAACAUUAACAUUAAUGAUGACAAUUACGGUUAUGGUGACUAUAACAUAACUUUUGACAGUAUGGGAUUCAUGGUAAUUUCCUAGGCAAUUGUGUGCAUUUUCACACUUCUUCUUCUUCUUUAUGGCUCUACGUCCCACUGGCUCUUGGCCUGCCUCGCUUCAACUUAGUGUUCUUUGAGCACUUCCACAGUUAUUAUUGAAGGGCUUUCUUUGCCUGCCAUUGCAUGAAUUUGUAUAUUGUGAGGCAAGCACAAUGAUACACUUACCUUGAACAACAAAUCACGAUUCGGAUUAUUUGGAUGAUUGAAACCAGAGUUCCUGACGAUUUGAAACAAAUGUUAACUAUCACCACACCUGUGUAACAAAACUGGAACGUACUAGUGUGCGCCAUCUCAACUUCAGCUUUCACUUUUCAGUCAGACUUUCAUUUUUCUCUUCAUCAGAUCCGUGAUUGGUUCUCGAUUUCAUCCUUUUAUUUUUUGUACAUAUUGUAGUAUAGUUUUCCCAUUCUGUAUAAAGAAAAGAUACAAACAUACACAAUUAUUUAGUUGAAUUUUGUUUUCUUUGUACAUUUUGUCCAACUGAUUUGAUCCCACCUUGUGCUCUUUUCAUAAGUAUUUUUGUGCGACAUUUAAAUUUCCUAAGAAAACAAAAACAAAAUUAAGCAAAAAAUUUAAACCAAGGUUAAAGCAAACAAAAACUGUAGAUAUAACGAAUAAGAAGAAAAGCUGUAUGUGAUUAAAAAGUAAUGGAAUACAAAUUCCGCAACCAGCCGGAAGUUUUCUGCGACAUUUAAUGGUAAAAUUAACGAUUGAGUAUCGAAACCUAACAAAAAAUAAAGGUUGGAUUUUAUCAACUCUUAAGCAAGUACACAACCACACACACAGACAUGAAUACACACACACACACAAACGCAUGCAACUUUUAUAGUUGCAAUGCUAGUACUACACUUUUGAAUAAGGAACAGAAACCAUAGGAAGUAAGGUUAGAGCGCAGGCAGGUAGGCAGGCGGGAGAGUGAGCACCGAACAGAGAAGAAACGCAGUUGAAAUAUUUUCUAUUGGUAGGCGUGACAGAGGCGCGCGACAUAUGUGGGCGUAAAAUACAUUAAACUAUACACAACACUAUAUUAUUGUGGUUAUGAUAAUUGUGUAGUAGUGCUAUUUUAUCGAGAAUUACAAAACAGAAUAGAAGAAGUCGGAAACCAUCAUUCGCUGCGCCGAGCGGUGCAGUUUGUGGCGUGACACGGCAGGAACUCUCUCUCACUCAUGCAAAACAAUAGUUUUUUGUUCGCAGAUGACAGACAGGCAGGCAAAGAGGACUGGAAAAAAGAAUGCACGGGAAAUAUAAACUAUAUUGCGACUAGAAGAUCUCUCAAUGAACAGAACAAAACAGAAAUGAUAACUUGGGUUUUGUCACGCAAACAAUAUCAGGGAAAUGUUUGUUUUUGUUCUGAAUUUUUUGUAAGAAAAUAAUCAAAAUGGAAGAAAAAAAGUUUGACUCUCACUCACUGUAGUGAGGGAAAGCCGUUGAACGUUGUGAGAGGGGGCUUACAGGUGAAGCCAUCCCCGAGUGCGAGUGAAAGAAAGAUAACAUUGAAAUAGUAGCAUACUAGUUGAUAAACUGUAUCCAAUUAAUAAGCAUCAAUUAUCGAUAAGUGAACCGAUCCGUACCGGGGUCGGAAAGCAGUGUCAGUAGCAAUUUGAUAGCUUUUCAUCAAUUAUUUAGGUCAAUAGGGUUCGAAAACCGAGCCAGACAUUGAUCGACAGAUACAUGUACUAAGUGUAUUUUAUUUUUGUAAAUCAAACUACAAGAGCUUUUUUAAGUACCAUUUUAGUGAGAGGGCAGUUAUUUUCGAUAUAAAUUGUUUACUUUCUUCAACGAUGGAAAAAGCAAAAAUCUCAGGAUUAAAUUCAAAAUACAAUUAAUAGAAAAUAAAACGUGAUUGUUGAGCGACUUAUUACUCAAAACAAAGUGGUUUAUUUUACUACGAAUCUGCAAAAAGAAAUCAUACAAAAAGCAACAUAACGACUACGAAAAGUGAUUCACAAACUAUUUUGGAAAUAUACACCGAACCAACAAAAAAACAAAAAUAA